AUGGGAGAGAGCGAAAAGCAAGAAGAAAACCAGAACAACAAUGGAGCUGCCCCUUCUCAAUCUCCAAAGCUCGACGCCGGAGCCCUCUUUGUCCUGAAAUCCAAAGGAUCAUGGCUGCACUGUGGAUACCAUCUAACGACGUCGAUUGUUGCGCCGGCGUUACUAAGCUUGCCGUUUGCCAUGGCGGCGCUGGGGUGGUUCGCCGGAGUUAUUUUCCUUUUCACGGCCGCCGCCGUUACGUUCUACUCUUAUAAUCUCAUCUCUUUGGUGCUGGAGAGGGAAGCUCUGCUCGGCCGCCGGCAGCUCCGGUUCAGAGAUAUGGCUCACCAGAUUCUAGGUCCUGCGUGGGCACGCUAUUACAUUGGUCCAAUUCAGUUCUUGGUAUGCUUUGGCGCCGUCGUUGGUAACAUUCUACUCGGGGGACAAACCAUGAAGUCUAUUUAUUUGAUAGAGAAGGCUGAUGGAACAAUGAAGCUCUACGAAUUUGUGGCAUUAUUUGGGGCCUUUAUGCUAAUUUUGGCGCAGGUGCCAUCAUUUCAUGCUCUUAGGCACAUUAAUCUGAUCUCUCUCCUCCUUUGCCUGUCCUACAGUGCUUGUGCCACCGCAGGAUCUAUAUACAUUGGACACUCCUCUCAUGCUCCCCAUAGAGACUACUCUCUUCCAAGUGAUCGGCAAGACCUUGUCUUUGGAGUAUUCAAUGCUAUUGCUAUCAUUGCAACGAGUUAUGGGAACGGAAUCAUCCCAGAAAUCCAAGCAACGGCAGCUCCCCCAGUGCAAGGCAAAAUGUUCAAGGGGCUCUGCCUCUGCUACGCGGUGGCGGCGGCCACCUUCUUCACCGUCGCCAUCUCCGGCUACUGGGCCUUCGGAAACCUAGCAGAGGGCACCAUUCUCUCCAACUUCAUCGCCCCCAAUGGCCGACCAUUAGUCCCCAAAUGGUUCCUCCUCAUGACCAACAUCUUCACAAUUCUCCAACUCUCCGCCGUUGCAGUCGUAUACUUGCAGCCGACGAACGAGGUGCUGGAAGGGCUUUUCGCCGAUCCGAAGAAGGAGCAGUACUCUGCUCGCAAUGUGGUUCCGAGAAUAGUUUUCCGGUCGAUUUCGGUGGGGGCGGCGACGGUGAUCGCGGCGAUGCUUCCAUUUUUCGGUGACAUUAAUGCGGUGAUCGGAGCUUUUGGAUUCUUGCCUUUGGAUUUUGUGGUGCCGGCGGUGGUCUAUAUUGUCACUUUCCGGCCGUCGAUGAGGGGGGCGGUUUUCUGGACUAAUGCUGUGAUAGCUGUAGUUUUUUCGGUGCUUGCCGUCUUGGCGUCUGUUGCAGCUGUGAGGCAGAUAGUGUUGGAUGCGAAGAGCUAUAAGCUGUUUGCGAAUGUUUGAUGAUUAUGGGAAGGAGAAGGAGAGGGUGGAGAAGCUCCGA